AUAGCACCAUCACCACCAUUCACCACCAAACCAUUCACAAGCCACGGAGAGAGAGAGAGAGGGUCAUGGCGUCGAAACUCUGCGACUCAUGCAAAUCGGCGACGGCGGCGAUAUACUGCCGACAAGACGCGGCGUUUCUGUGUGUGAACUGCGACUCGAAGGUCCACGCGGCGAACAAGCUCGCGUCGCGUCACGCGCGCGUUUGGGUCUGUGAGGUGUGCGAGCAAGCUCCCUCCUACGUCACGUGCAAGGCCGACGCGGCCGCUCUCUGCGUCACGUGCGACCGCGACAUCCACUCCGCCAACCCACUCGCUCGCCGCCACGAGCGCGUUCCCGUCACGCCCUUUUUCGAUGUCGUCGUCGGAGGCUGCUCCGGCAAGCCCUCCGCCGCCGUUGUAAACUUCCUCGACGACUGCUACUUCUCCGACCUCGACGGCGACGCCGGCGGCCGCGAGGAAGAGGAGGAGGCCGCGUCGUGGCUUCUGCCGAACCCGAAGACGGCGGCGGCGGAGGAUACCGGUCAGUACCUUUUCUCGGAUUCGGAUCCGUAUCUGGAUCUGGAUUACGGGUCGGUGGAUCCGAAGAUGGAGGCGGAGGAGCAGAAUAGCUCUGGCACCGACGGCGUCGUGCCGGUGGAGAACGGCGGAGUUCAGGUCGCGACGGUGAGCGAGAACUGCUACGAGUUGGAUUUCUCCGGCGGCAGCUCCAAAGCUUAUGGUUACGGCUACAGCUGUAUCACCCAAAGCGUGUCCUCAUCAUCCUUGGAAGUGGGAGUGGUACCAGACGGCUGUGCGAUUGCAAAUGCUGCAAACACGUUGAGCGGCGGAGCAGGGAACAACGACAGCGGUUCGGGAAGCCAGCAGGCGGUACCGCUGUCUCCGGCCGAGAGAGAAGCUAGGGUUCUGAGGUACAGAGAGAAGAGGAAGAACCGAAGGUUCGAGAAGACGAUAAGGUACGCCUCGAGGAAAGCGUACGCCGAGAUGAGACCUCGGAUUAAGGGGAGGUUCGCCAAGCGGGCCAAGGUCGAGACAGACGCUGAAAGCAGCGGCGGUAUCUACUGCGGUUUCAGCGUUGUCCCGACGUUCUAAAGACAAAGGGGCUAGCUAUUACGACACUUUUGUUUUGGUGUUGGAUGUAGUAAUAACGUUAACGAAUGUUCUGGUGUUCAUACUGUUUUGUUUUCUGUAAUUUUGUCCUUUC